CUCGAGUACAAUGAAGUCGUUGCUUUCAAGAGGAGCCAUUCCUCGGGCAUUGCGUCUUAGAAUACCGAAUCAGCUCAGAAUGAAAUCGGUUAAAUCGACUCCGGCGAGAUCAACUUCUAGUCUUGCGCUAUUUGGGGGAAUACUUAUAAGCGGUUUGGCGACUUUCGGUGCUUACAAACUCGGACAACACCAAACUCUUCUUAAUGUUCCAGCAGACGUGUUCCCUCAAGGUUCCACUACUAAGCUCGGUGAUAUCAGUCCACCCACAUAUUGUACCGAUGAAGAGCUUUCCACAGCCAUUGGUGAAGUGAAAAAAAUGAUUGGUGGUCAUAAAGUAUUUAAUACCCCGGUGGAGAUUGAAUCUCACGGAACCAGUGAGUUCACCACCCAUGCUCCGAAGCCCCAUCAACGCCCGAAGUAUGUUGUAUACCCAGAACUGACUGAAGACGUUGUUUCAAUCAUGAAAAUUAUGUAUGAGUAUAAUGUGCCUGUUGUACCAUUCAGUGGAGGAACUUCUUUGGAGGGACAUUUUUUCUCUACAAGAAGUCAAUCGGUGGUGGUUGAUACCACUAAGAUGAAGAAAGUCAUUGCAAUUCAUGAAGAUGAUUUGGAUGCGGUUGUUGAAGCGGGAGUUAAUUGGCAAGAUUUGAAUCAGCUUUUAGAACCGCAUAAUUUAAUCUUUGGGCCCGAUUGUGGACCGAGUGCCUUAAUUGGAGGUAUGGUCAGCACCAAUGCGUCCGGGAUAAAUGCAGCAAGAUACGGCUCGAUGGUAUCGAAUGUUGUCUCAUUGACGGUUGUAUUGGCCGAUGGUACCGUUAUUAAGACCAAACAAAGACCAAGGAAAUCGAGUGCAGGGUAUAACUUGGCUGGAUUAAUCGUUGGAAGUGAAGGAACCUUAGGGAUUGUCACUGAAGCUACGGUUAAACUACACGUAAAACCGGUUAAGGAAACAGUUUGUGUAGGACAAUUUGCAACAGUUAGUGAUGCUACUAAUGCCGUGGCUCAGAUAUACCGUAAGGGAUUGAAUCCAAACGCUAUCGAGCUAUUAGAUAAAGAUAUGAUGCAUUGUAUUAAUUAUAGUGGAUAUUUCACCAGAGAGUGGUUAGAAGUCCCAACUAUUUUUUUCAAAAUAGGAGGAAUUAAUGAUAUAGUUGUUAAAGAGCAAGUUAAAGAAAUUGAAAAAAUCACUUCGAAGAACAAUUGCCAUGAUUUUCUCUAUGCCAAAAAUGAUGAAGAGAAGGAAGAAUUGUUUUCAGCAAGAAAGAAUGCAUUUUUCGCUAUAUUAGACUAUGGUAGAAAUGAAAUUGAUCCCAAUGUCAGAUUGUGGGUAACUGAUAUGGCAGUUCCAUUAUCCAAACUCCCACCAGUUUUAGCUAAAUUAGAAAAAAUGGUUAGAAGUAGUGGGUUACAAAGUAUUCUAUUAGGACAUGUUGGUGAUAGUAAUAUUCACUUUGAUAUAUUCUACACUGAGGAAACCAAAAACAAAUGUGAAAAGAUCAUCAACGAAAUGAUGCUCCUUGGUUUGGCUAACGAAGGAACCUCCAGUGGUGAACACGGAAUCGGUAAUGGUAAAAGAAGAUAUUUAGAAUUGGAACUAGGUACCGAAACAGUUGAUCUAAUGAGAAGAGUCAAAUUCGCCUUGGAUCCUAAAAGAAUAUUAAACCCCGAUAAGAUCUUCAAAAUAGACCCCCAAGAUGACGGUGAGUAUUAGAUUAUGUUUAUAGAGAUAAUAUACUUCAUUUGACUGCAAGUUACCCAAAUCGGA